AUGACCAACGUAGCCGAUUCCCCCUUACCUAUGAACUGGACCGGCGUUUUUCGAAUGAACAGUGAAUGUAUCCGACUGUCCAACGCAGGAACCCCUCGACCAUGCCUCCAGAGCACUGUGUUACUACUACGUGGUCGUCGUUCGCAUUUGAGAUUCUUUGUGCCGUCUCAAUCUACCCAGACUGCUCUUGAAUCGCACCGGUCUUACCACCUAACGGGUGCAAUUUUACCAAGGAGCAACCGAGACGAUACAAUUUUCUCGGUAGUGUCCAGUUCAGUAGUUGCGCUCAGCGACUAUGCCGCUCAACAGCCUGCGCCUGUUCCGGUCCUUACAGUUACUGCUCGCGGCCAUAUAGUACGAUGUGUUCGAUGUAUGACCGUGGGGCAUGGGGAAGGCGUAUGGGCCAUUACGGUGAUGCACAACGCCUGGGAUGAUAGUUCACAGUUGGGUAGAUUCGUCCAUUUCACGGCGGUAUACGAAGCAUCUCCAAUGCUGUUUGACUCAAUCGGGGGCCGGAAUUUGAACGUGGGCAAUGUCGUAGAUUUCAGCGGUGUGGUAAAGAAUUACUGGGCCCGGGGUAGAGUAUGGGUUGUGGAGCAUAAUCUUAUGGUAUCAUGUAGUGAUAAACAACAUGCUCAUAGAACUGCCUGCUUGAAAAGGCCGUUUACUGGCUGCAUACCUUGCUGGCCUGUAGGCUCAGCUGGAAUCAAUAGUUUAAGAAUCCCUGGUUGA